AUGCCAGCGUCGGUAACCGCAGGACUUCAGCCCGACAAGUUCGAUGGUUCGAACUUCAAGCAGUGGCAAGAAAGGAUGUAUUUCUUUCUGUCGUCAAUGCGGCUGAGCAAGUACCUCACAGAGGAUCCCCCAACAGUGCCAGACGGAAACAAAGAUGUUAUGAUUCUGGCUACCGUUGAAGCAUGGAAGCACUCAGACUUUCUAUGCAAAGGGCACAUCAAAAAUCGCCUGGUGGACCAGUUGUUCGAUGUGUACAGUGAGGUCAAAACUUCCAAAGAACUUUGGGAUGCUUUGGAAAAGAAGUACAAGUCGUACAAUGUCGGCUCUGCGAAAUUCGCUACAGCGAAACUCCUCAAGUUUGAGAUGGUGGAUUCUCGUCCCAUCAUGCCACAAGUGCACGAGCCGGAACUAAUCUUUCAAGAGAUUAGGACUGAAGGAAUGAAGCUAUGUGAGACAUUCACGGUGAACUGCUUCAUUGAGAAGUUACCUCCAAGUUGGGCAGACUUCCAGAACUAUCUUGCUUACAAGCAAAAGGCCCUGUCUCUGGCAAAUCUGAUCUCCAGAUUGCAGAAUGAGUCACUAAAACGUGACAAAGUUGGAAAAGAAGAUGGUCAGAUCAUGACCCAUGAUGCAAACGUGGCUGAGUACAGAAAAAAAAGGCAAAGGCAAACCAUCCAACAAGGCUGUGCCUAA